AUCGCUCUCUUUAUUUAUCUCCCUUCGCUUACGUUAUACGGUAUCCUCCUCCUGCAGUGUUGUAGUUUUCAGAGCUGAAAACUACAGCAUGCCCGUCGGCGCCGACUCCGUCCCUAAUUUCUCCUCCGACGGCGACGACAUACCCUGGUGCGACCACGACUUCGUCAUUAGCUGUGAGAGAGAAGUUGCUGAGGCUAAAGAAGGUUCCUCUGAUGAUUUUUUGCAAGAAUGUAUCCUGCGUUUAUUAUCGGCUCUUGUUCACUCUAGACGACUUAAAGAUGUAAAACGUGGGAUAGAAAUUCUUGAAGCUUCUUUGGCCCGUACCAACAGCUCUCUGCCAAAAGGAGACGAGCUUUAUCUUCUCGCUGUUGGGUAUUACAGAAGUGUUGGCUACUCGAGAAGUAGGGAGCUUGUGGAUGAAUGUUUAAGGAUUGCACCCGAUUGGAGAUCGGCGCAGAUCCUUAAGAAAAAAGUUGAAGAUCGGAUCAAAGAUCUUCAAGGUGACGACACUGGGAUAGGCAUUGUUGCAGUUGGCAUUGCUGCAGCUGCUGUCGCACUGGUUGGUUGGAUUCAUGUUGCAGCACUGACCAGGAGGAAUUGAUCCAAUUCUAUUUGAGUUACCUCUUUGCGAUAAGUUUAUAUGAACACGUUUAAUCCUCCAAUCCUGCUACCGUUUUAUUUUAAGUUGAAAAAUUGAAAAGGUCUUUAUUCAAAAAACUUACCUGAGAGAUGAAGAGACUGCGCGCACAAGUCUUUACCUGACUUGGUUUGUUAUACAAUAUGUUGAUGUACAUGGAAGAUGUAAUGUUAUGGAUAAGUCGGUUUAACUUGUUCAUGAAUUGAUAUUUUUGAAAGAGCUCUCAAUUUUA